CGGCCCCGUUCAGGCCUCACUGGGUUAAUCGCCCGCGUUCUCAUAGAGAGCAAAAGCCUAGACUCAUAAACAAAGCUGGAGUGUUAUGAGCUUAAGAAACUAUUAGAAACCUGCGCUAAUCUCUGGCUCACCUCUCUUUCUCUCUCCUUUUCUCCUUCUCUCAGUACAAUGAAUGAGCCCUCGGGAGAAAGUGUCCGUCUUUUUGUUCUGGCAAUUAUUGAGGACGUGGAUCGAUAGGGUUCCAGUCCCUUGUGGUGCUGUCGGUUGGUAGGGAGUGAGACCAAGGAUCACAGAGGUGAACGGCGACGAAAUGGGGUGGAUUCUGUGAACAAGGUAACAGAUGAAAGAGAAAAAUCAGGGUAUGCCCCACCCGCUAACUUGGAGCCUACUUACCGCAUGGAGCCACACAAAAGAUUCUACGCCCCACAAGUUCACACAAUGCUCAAACAGAUUCUGGAGGCUCACUUAGACGGCUUCACAUACAACCCAAAAUUCACACCUACUAUGACAAAGGUCCUCUCUGACGAGAUCAAGGAACGCAGCAAAGGCCUGGGCUUCGAGCGCUACAAGCUUGUGGUGAGUGUGGUGCUGGGCGAGAGGCGGGAGCAGGGACUCAUGAUCUCCUCCCGGGCUGCCUGGGACGCCAAACUCGACAGUUACGCCACCUACACCUUCCAGAACAAGUCGCUCUUCUGUACAGCUUCUGUCUACGGCGUAUACGCCGAGUGAUAGGAGCGGUUGUUUUACUUUAGUUGUUUUUUGUUUUGUUUUGGGUUGUUUUUGUUGUUUUAUGUUUACUAUGUGCAUAUUGUCAUUACACAUGUUCUUAUUCAGAGAAACUCUGCUGUGACGCGAUCGGUGGUGUGGUAAAUACUAUUAUCAAUAUCACCAUCACACAUAGUCAAUGACAACCCAGCAGUAGAGUGUACCCUAUAAUUUAAUUAGGGCCUAUAGUAUGACCUUCUUUUGGCAAUCUUUAUUCAGGUGAAUAUAUUAUUAUGACAUAUGGUUUGGGGAAAAAGCUGCUUGAUAUGACAGCCACCGCAGAGGAAAAAUAGAGGGAUACAUUACGUUUUAAAUUAUCAUUAUUUUGCUUAACUGUAACUGUUCACAUUUCAGAAAAGGUCACUCACGUCUUUUGAGUAAUUAUGUCCUAUUCACUGGUACAUCAUAGGUUAAUCUAACAAAGUUUUCUUCGUGCUGCCAGUUUCUUGUACAAGGUGUGUACCGCGACUGUCGGAGGACUGGAGCUUACUUUUAGGAUUUGAGAUGUGUGUUAUGUUUAUGAGAAUAUAAUGAUUCCUGUUUUACCAGUCCACGUCAGUAUUAUCAGUAUUAUUUCUGCAGCCAAAGUGGGGUUUGUUUCCCCGGCAUGCUGUGCGUAUGUGUUUAAUGAGUACGGUUUUUAAAACAACAAUGGUGUUUUUGUGAAGCCUUAAAAAGAUCUCAUGGUCACAGGCUCUGAACAACACAUACAGCCUUUGUCGUCAUCAUCAUCACCAUCAUCACCAUCACCAUCACCAUCACCAUCAUCAUCAUCAUCAUCAUCAUCAUUAUCAUCAUCCACGAAAUCUUCUUAGUUAGUAUCAACGUCAUUAUCAUGUUCCUAUCGUGGUAUUAUAAAGGUUUCAGUACGGCAGUACUGUUACAAAUUGUACUUGUAAUUACUAUGUAUUAUAUACAUGAAGCAUAACUUUGAGCUGUUUUCAUUUAUCUUAAAUCAAUGCUCAUCCUUAUCCAAUACAUUUUCUACUUUGAUUGUCAUUAUGGAUUAGGAUUUGAAAGAAAAUAAAACGUUGCUUUUUAGGGGGUAAUUUUUUUAAAUUA